AUGGCUACGGGGGCGCCGGCGGUGACGUCGACGGGGAAAGACAAGCCUCCUGACUUAGCUGGGGGUGACACGUACUUGACAGUUCACAGGUGGUUCAAGGGCUUCAAUCCAUGGAAAUCAACUGUGAAAUCAACAAUGGUUUUGGUUCAACUACCGGAGCUACCCAUUGAAUUCAUUAACAAAGAGGCUGUAUUGCGCAUAGCGGUGGCCAUUGGACGACCGAUAAGGGUGGAUAGGGCAACGGAGCUUGGGGCUAGAGGGAAGUAUGGUAGAGUAUGUGUGGAAGUAGACCUGACAAGACCCCUCUUAUCACAGUACAAAAUUGAGGGGAUAACCUAUCUUGUACAAUAUGAGGGGCUCGAGAAGGUGUGCACAAAUUGUGGGAAGUAUGGAAAAUCAACAGAUGACUGCCAAUGUGUGGAGAGAAUGAACGAGAGUUCCGAUGAGGGUGGAGAGGAGGCUAGUGAGGCUAAUGCAGACCCAACGAAGGGGAGGACUUAUGGGGAGUGGAUGGUAGUGAAGAAGAAGGAAUGGAAGUCGGGACGAAGGGAAGGAACGGUGUCUCGCAACAUCCAAACUGCCGACAAGAACAACCGCUUCCAUGCACUCCAUGCAGUCCCGGGUGACGUCAAUAUUAAUGAUGGAAUGGGUGAAGAAACCGAUCGUGGGAAUGGAAUGGAAAAAAUGGCUAGUAGAGGAGAGGAGCUGUUGACUAAGGAGUCACAAGGUGUGAAAGAGAGUGCAGGAGACAAACAAGUUGGGAGGGGGAGCAAAGAAGAGAAAGGGGCGAAGAACCAGAAGGAGAGCAGUGGUAUGAAGAAGAAUAAUAAAGAAGAAAAACAAAGAGUGGAGGGCAGAGCCAAGAAUCCUACAGGAGAGGCCUCACAAACUGCGGCGGGAGGGAACGGAGCACGGGUACGAGUAUGGGGUGAUCGGUGGGUGCCUUCAACCCCGGGGAAUAUCAUUCAGUCGCCGCCAAUGGGGAUACCGGUGGACUCGGUUGUAAGAGAGCUGAUCGAUGAGGAGCAUGAACAGUGGGACAGGGACCUCCUAGAAAGUUGUUUUCCAACGACGAUGGUGGAAGCCAUUUCCCGUAUUCCGCUGCGUGGCUCUCAUGAACAAGACCAGCUGAUCUGGGCGGAUAGCAAACAUGGGAAUUAUACGGCUCGAGAGGGCUACCGGCGAUGGCUGAAGGAAACCCGACUGGAGAAAGGACAAAUGGUGACGGGAGACCCAACGAUGUGGAAGAAGAUGUGGGGAAUGAUGGAGACUCAGGUACAUGCUUUCGACCAGUGCGCAUGGGUUAAUGGUUUGUGGCGGAAAUCUCAGGUGGCCCAUUGUUUCGAAAUGAGAGGGGAGGCACAAAGCAUGGAGUGGGUAUUGAAAGUGGCGACGACGGUAACAGAGAAGGAGUUUGAGGAUUGGAGUAUGCUGAUGUGGAUGAUAUGGAAGGAGCGGAACGCCCAUAUGUUUAACGGGCCGAAGCUAGCAGAGGAGGAUAUAGUUCCACGAGCAGCAGCGUUGCUGGACGAAUACAGAUCACAACAAGCUGCCCUACAUCCACCGCAGCAGAGUACAGCGGGGAGGCAUUGGACGAAGCCGAGUACGGGGAAUAUUAAUCUGAAUACAGAUGCUGGAGUGUGUGAGGAUGGAUGUGGGCUAGGAGUGGUGGUAAGAGAUGCUCAAGGCAGAUUCCUAAUGGCGGCGGCUAAGAGAGUAAGUGGAGAACAAAACCCGGAAAUGGGUGAAGCUCUGGCGGCCGAAUUAGGAUUGCAGCUUGUGCGACAACACCAGCUUGGUUUGCCCAUUCUCGAGAUGGAUUGCGAGACGGUCCUGAAGCGUAUCCGUGAUGCGGACAGGGACCAGACAGAGCUUGGAGUGAUAUGCAGGAAUAUUAAGAGGCUACUUCAGGAAAUGGGUGAUGGAGGUUGCAGACAUGUAUACCGAACAGCAAACGCGACAGCACACAUCAUGGCACAUACGAAGACAAGAUGGAACGAAACUGAAAUUUGGUUUGAUAGACCACCUAUGAUUGUACUUGACCAGCUGGAGCUGGAUUCUGUAAUGGCUUCUCAUCCUUAA